AGGUCUCAGUUUCGAGCGUUACGACGCGGUCGCGUCGUUCCGUUCAAUGUCAAAGCGACGUUUAUAUGUAAAUUAUGCAAAUCAUAAAUAUUAACCAGAAAAUAACAUAAUUUCAAUUCAAACAUGAAGUUUGCCGAACAUCUCUCGGCUCAUAUCACACCGGAAUGGAGAAAACAGUAUAUUAAUUAUGAAGAAAUGAAGUCUAUGUUAUACGCUGCAGUAGAACAGUCUCCGUCAGCCGAACUUGUUGAACCUGAAAUUUUGAGUAGAUACUUCGCCAAAUUUGACGAACAGUUCUUUUCUUUUAGUGAAAAAGAGCUUACCAAAAUAAAUACAUUUUAUUCAGAAAAGUUGGCUGAGGCUACCAGAAAAUACGCUAGUCUGAAAAGCGAAUUAAGCGAAACUCAAGAUGCGCAAUACGACAAAGCAAAUUCUGUUAGAAAAAAUUUACUCAGAAAAAAGAAUGUUCCAGCCAGAAAAAUACAAGAAAUAAAAUUAGCAUUCAGCGAAUUUUAUUUGAGUUUAAUAUUAAUGCAAAAUUAUCAGAACUUGAAUUUCACUGGUUUCAGGAAGAUCCUAAAGAAGCACGAUAAGUUGUUGAAUGUAGACUACGGGGCUAGAUGGAGAAUAGAACAUGUCGAAAACUCAUUUUUUUACCUAAACAAGGACAUUGAUAGAUUGAUUCAUGAAACAGAAACAGCAUUCACUCAAGAACUGGAAGGAGGGGAUCGUCAAAGAGCGAUGAAACGUUUGAGAGUUCCACCACUAGGUGAACACCAGAGUCCGUGGACUACGUUCAAAGUAGGUCUUUUCUCGGGAGCGUUAAUUGUUCUAUUAUUAUCAGUGAUUCUAUCAGGUGUUUUUCAUUCAAGAGACGAUUGGAUUAUAGUAAUACGCCUCUACAGAGGACCUUUUCUGAUAAUAGAAUUCUUAUUUUUAUGGGGUAUCAACAUAUACGGUUGGAGAUCUUCUGGUGUGAAUCACGUCCUCAUUUUUGAAAUGGAUCCAAGGAAUCACUUAUCCGAACAGCAUAUCAUAGAAAUGGCAGCGAUUUUUGGAGUAAUAUGGUCGAUAUCCAUACUGACAUUUUUAUACAGCGCUCAACUUAGUAUACCACCCUACGUCAAUCCUUUAGCUUUGAUGGUAAUAAUGCUCGUUUUUAUAUUCAAUCCAACAAAAACGUUUAGACACGAGGCAAGAUUUUGGGCAUUACGGGUGAUGGGCAAAGUUUUCAUGGCUCCAUUUUGUUAUGUGUCUUUCGCCGAUUUUUGGGUAGCCGACCAGCUGAACAGUUUAACAACUCUAUUUACAGACAUGCAGUAUUUCAUAUGCUUCUAUGCAACAAACUCUAAUUGGUAUGCAGGGAAAGAUUCGAAUUAUUGUGUUGCAAACUUCCUGGGUGUCAGAGCAAUUGUAGCAUGCCUUCCACCUUGGUUUAGAUUUGCUCAAUGCCUCAGAAGAUAUAGAGAUACUAAAGAGGCUUUUCCGCAUAUAGCUAACGCCGUUAAAUACGCGACUUCAUUUGUUGUCGUUCUUUUUUCGACUUUAAAUAAAACAUUUGACGAUGAAUUUGUCUCUGGGGAGAAUCCCUUUUUCUAUUUAUGGAUCGGAUCAUCUUUGAUAAGUUCGUGUUACGCAUACACGUGGGAUAUAAAACUCGAUUGGGGACUUUUCGACUCCAAAGCUGCAGAUAACAAAUUCCUUCGAGAAGAAAUUGUAUAUUCCUCAACGUGGUUCUACUAUUUUGCUAUAGUGGAAGAUUUCAUUUUAAGAUUCGGAUGGGCAUUCUUAAUUUCAAUGACAGAGAUGGGAUACGCUUUGGAACAUUCAAUGGUUACAAUUUUAGCACCACUUGAAGUAUUUCGCCAGGGCCUGGCACAUCAUCGUCUGGGUGACUCCAGAAACAAGGUAGGACGAUCUGAUGGUCAGCUGCUGCCUUGCCUUGAUAUGCCACCAGGUGAUGGUGGCCAAGCCAUAGCUAGAUAGAAUAUGAAGAAACAGGAGUUCAGCUAUAGAAUUAGACGAAGAAAAUUAUCUUUGAGAAUGGAAAAAAUAUAUUUAUAAAACUCCUGAAGAAAAUAAACCAUAAGAUAACUAAGAAAUUCUUGGCGAGAGACGUAAUAUCAACAGAUCAGAAACUCAUUUCUCUCUAUAAUUGCAAUUUGUACGCAAUAAAAUGGCACCAAACCGAUAAUAUCACAAGGCGAGAUCUUGAAUGAAACAUCAGCUGAACUUCAUCUGUGCAUAUUUUUGAUAAAGAAAUAUUUCGUCUUGCAUCGCAUUGCACGUUGUCUUGCAUGAUGUCAAGCGACCUUUAGAAAUUUCUGCACUGUAACUACAUACAAGAUACCGAUAUAGUAUAUGAGAGUGACAAUGACGACGGUUUUUCGAAUAUAUAUGACGACUACUUCCAUAUCUUUCUGAUUUGUCCUAUAUUUUCGAGAAUAGUGGAGAUCUACAUUCCAUUGUAUAAGAUUGGAUCAAUUUUAAAAAAUAUUAUAACAUCAAAAAGUACCACCUGAUUGUACGUAAUCAAAUAUUGGAAUAUUUGUUGACCCAAAAAUUCUUAUGUCAAUAAAAAAAAUAGAAGCAUUUUUAGAUCUUCUUAUCAUUUUUCCCUCCUCGUUAAUCUUGAUUCCUGGUCAACCGGAAAAUAAAGCCAAAAGGGCCUGAUCAUUUUAGGUUUGAUAACAGCAUCACUAUUAGUAUGGGCUAGCACCAAAUACUUCAACUCCAAAUCCUAUCUUGUUUUUUCAACCAUAUGGAUACGAUUUGAUUUUUUUUUCCUGUUUAAGGCUUUUCGGAUGCUUAUAUCCUUUAUCAUCAUAUGUAAAAUUCGCUGAAGAGAUGUAUGUGCUCAAAGAGAACCACGCUCUUUGUUUUUCAAUUCUCUCAUCACGUUAAGCUUCGUCACCUAUCCUAAGGAGAUGUGUGAAAAAUGCGAGCUUUUAAUAUAUCCUCAUGUUUUGAAAGAGUACAACAUAAUAUUUGAAUUAAUUCAAAGAAAGAUUCUGAAAAAUAUAAUAUAGUGUAAAUAUGAUAGAAAAGCGAUAGAAAUUAUCAACUAUUCCUCAAAAUAGAUUUUUUUCGCUCUUCUUCUAUGAUAAUAUUCCAAUUUCCAUUUAUUUUAGGCGGUUCAUGUGGAAUUACUUCCGAUUGGAAAAUGAACAUCUUAACAACUGCGGAAAGUUCAGAGCAGUAAGAGAUAUUUCCGUGGCUCCAUUGGACACUUCGGAUCAACAACUGAUUGUUAGAAUGAUGGACGAACCAGAUGGAGUUACGAAUAGAAGAAAAAAGAAAAAUGCACUAAAGAAAACAGUAGAGAAUAAGAAAAUUAUGCUGGAAGGGGAAUCUACAGAUGAACUGGAUAAUUGAGAUUGUUUUCAAAUAUUUAUUAUAUUUUUUUUUAUUUUUAUGAAAUACGUAUUGUUAAUACCAA